AAUAAUUUUCAAAAAUCAAUAUUAUGCUGUAGUCUAAAUACUAACCUGAACUGAAAUUGCGAAUUGUAUAUCGAAUGUACAUACACCCGCUAAAGCCGGUUGAACCGGUAGACUAAACAAUUGUUUUCAAAGUAUUAAAUAAGUUAAUAAAACAAAAUUAAUUUAAUAUUCUAAACGUGUGAAUUUUUAUAGUGUAUAAUGUACAUUUCGGAAAAAGAAUAAAAAAAUUCUUUUUUGUAUUAAGAAUAUUUAUAGAUUUUCAACAAACAACAAAAUGGGUUGUUGUGAGAGUAGCGAAAAAAAUGUCACUUACAAUGUCGAUCCUCUACCAAGACAUUGUGAUUGGCAUAAAUGGAUAAUUUGGAAAGAGAAAUUUUUCAAUACAAUUAAAAAUGAAGCCCUAAAAGUGGAAACUUCGGAAAUUUUAGGACUCGUAUUAAGAAAGGUCAUUGGACCUUAUGGACUAGAUAUAAUUGCAGAAUAUUUUGUAUUCAGCAAUAGUUUUGAUGAACAAAAUUUUGAUGCUUUGUUAAAAAAAUUUGACACUUUUUUCUACUUACGUCGCUUUCCUAGAAAUAAACAAACGGAAUGUAUUAAAGAAUACAUAGACCGUUUAAAAAUUGAAGCUAAAAAUUUUGGAUGCGAAUCUUCGGACACAGCAGUAAAGGAAAAAAUUAUUUACGAUUUAAAGCAGAAUAAUUUUCUCGAGAUCAUAACGGAAAUUAUUUGUAUUCGAAAUUCAUUUCAACUAAAGCAUCUCAAUAUGAAUGAAAUUAUUUUUUUGGUAAAUGUCCAUGAAAAUCAGCGACAUCGAGAGUUGAGGGAAAAUUAUCUCCAGAAAUUAGAAACUAGGAAAUCAGAUUUACGCCAUAAUAAUAAUUGUUGUGGUCGUUAUCAUUUAUCGCAUGGAUUGUGUCCUGCAAAUCAACAACGAUGCUACAAAUGUAAUGAAUUGAAUCAUUUUGCGAAAACUUGUAAAUAUCUCUAUAUUAUUGAUUGCCUUCAGUGUGGAAUGAAUCAUGGAGAAAAUCAGUGUCCUGCUUUUGGAAUGCAAUGUUCCAGAUGCGAUGGAUUAUUUCAUUUUUAUUGGAAGUGUCCAUUUCGAAUGUUAACUUUUUGUCAAAAUUGCGGUCAAUCUCAUGUUGAUGUUGAGAGAAAAUGUGCAAGUUUUGGACGACUUUGCAAGAAAUGUAAGAAGAAAGGUCAUUUACCAACUGUGUGUCCAGAAUCUAAUGAGUUUAUUAAUCACAGUACGAGUGGAAAAAAUCUUACGUUGACUUAAUUAAUAUUCAUAAGAUGAAAUUUUUCUAUAUUUUUCUAAUAUAAAAACUAAAAGUUGAAUGCUUUAAAAAUGCUGUUAACUACUCUAAAAGGAAAUUUAUCUUUUAUACCAAAAAUAAAUAUAUUUAAAUUUUUGUACAACUUUGA